AGUCGGCCGCGCAUCAAACGCCACCGUUGGCGCCAUUGUUGUUUCAAUUCGCAAAAUGGCGGAUGGAGGCGUGGAUAUAGAUUUAUAUGCCGACGAUAUUGAAUCUGACUUUAAUAGACAAGAUGAUUUUGGAGGAGAAAAUGUCGACUUAUAUGACGACGUUCUAGCAGCACCAACAGCAAAACCAGAUGAUGGAGAUGGGCCGCCGAACUCCGCGGCACCACAGCACCCUCACCCACCUGAAGAAACAAAUGGUACCGCUCCUUACCAUAACAACGCACCCAACCACGGGCAUCAUGGCCGCCGCUUUCAACUUUACGUCGGCAAUUUAACCUGGUGGGCGACAGAUCAAGACAUUGCUAACGCGAUCGCCGAUAUCGGCGUCACGGACUUUCAAGAUGUCAAGUUCUUCGAAAACAGGGCAAAUGGACAGUCGAAAGGUUUCUGCGUCAUAUCGCUGGGUUCGGAUCAAUCCAUCAGGGCGGUCAUGGAUCGGCUCCCGAAGAAAGAUAUUCACGGGCAGCAUCCCGUCGUGACUUUGCCUACUAAACAGGCUUUAAACCAGUUUGAGAGUCAGUCUAAGACAAGGUCUACUCCACCUGGACCGAACCCUGGCAUGAGAGGACCUCAUCCCGGUGGACCACCUGGACCACACCCUGGAGCAAUGCAUCGCUCCCCAGAAUUCUUCGGCGGCGGACCAAACGGCCCAGGGCCCAACGGGCCUCGUAUGAUGAUGCCUGGUCCUGGUCCUCAUCACCAGCUCCGUGGACCACCGCCAGGGCCACACGGACCACCGCCUCAUCAUAUGCCACAGCAUCAGGGUCCACCACCGCAUCAUAUGCCGCCACAUCAAGGUCCACCACCCCAUCAGGGACCACCACAACAUAGGCCACCCAUGCAGUUCCAAGGGCCGCCGCAGAUGCAACGCACUCCUGGGGGUCCCGGAGGGCCGGGCGGCCCCGGGCCCGGGCCGGGCCCACGCUCCGGCCCCGAGUGGCCGCGCCCGCACCACAUGCCGGCGCCCGCGCCGCAGUACGGCCCGCCGCAACACCAGAUGCCGCACCAGAUGCCACCGCCGCACGCUCCGCCUGGACAAGGCAUGCCGCCUCCUCAUCACCAACUUCCGCCGCACCAGCAGGGCCCCCCUAGGGGACCUGCACCAUUACCGCAACAUCCAGGUGUAGGUGGUGCUCCAGCACCACAUGUAAACCCCGCAUUCUUCAGUCAACAGCCUCCUGUGCAACCUGCUCCCCAGGUGCAACCGCCACAACCUACUCCACAAGGUAUUUUUAAUCAAGGUGCUCCAUACGGUCACCCAGCUCAUGGUGCGCCCCCGCCGACGCAAGGGCCUCCACCUGGAACAAGACAACCAUAUGGAAGACCACCGACGAGCUACCCCACGGGCGUCGAAGCCCGACCCACACAUCACGCGGCCCCGCUCGGCCCACAUGCGCCUCCUCACGUGGCCCACGCGCCACAUCCAGCCCAUCCUCCACAUCCGGCCAUUAGUGAGGCAGAGUUCGAGGAGGUGAUGAGUCGCAAUAGAACAGUAUCGUCCAGCGCUAUUGCAAGGGCCGUCAGCGACGCCGCUGCAGGAGAGUACGCGUCUGCUAUAGAGACGCUCGUCACUGCCAUAUCAUUAAUCAAACAGAGCAAGGUGGCCCACGAUGAUCGCUGCAAGAUACUAAUCUCGUCUCUACAAGACACGCUGCACGGCGUGGAGACCAAGUCGUACGGCGGCGAGCGGCGGCGCUCGCGCUCGCGGGAGCGAGACGCGCGCGCGCACCACCGCGCGCCGCGUCGCCGCGAGCGCUCCGCCUCGCGCUACCGGGACCGCUCACGCGACCGCGACGACCGCGACCGGUACAGGGAAAGGUCGAGGGAUCGGGAACGCGACCGUGAUACGUAUUACAGAGAUUAUCGUGAGAGGGAACGCGACAGGUCUAGAUCAAGGGAUCGCGAACGUGCCGAUCACUACAAUAGAGGACACAGCCGAGAAGAGAGGCCCCGCAAGUCCCCCGUGGAGCCGGUCGCGGAGGCCGGCGCGGGCGACGCCAGCAGCGCCAAGAGCCGCACGGCCGCCGCACCCUACUAUGACGAGCGGUACCGCGAGCGCCGCGAGCGCGACCCGCCGCCCGCCGACCGCGAGCGCGAUCGUGACCGCGACCACCGCCGCGACGCGCGCCACUAGCGCCGCACACCGGACCCUUUCCAGUCACGUCAGAUAGCAAUAAUCGAUCAACUGAUUCAAAUAAUUCAAAGCGUACCGUGACGCGACAAUAUUUGUAACGUUCAAAAUAGCUAUAGGCCUAUGAGCCAUAAUAGACUGGUAAACGAAUUAUUUGUGUCUGCUUACAUUGUGUUUCUACGUACUGAUGUUCACAGGAUUAUAUCGCCAUGGAUUAGUUUGUCUACUACUACUUUUCUCUAGAUUUUUUUUGAAAAUAUUAAUAGUGUUUGUUUUCUGUUUUGUUGUAUGAUGGUCGACAGUUCGCAGCGUCCAUUUUAAACUUGUAUCUGUUGUGAAUUACCUUUAAUAUAGUUUAUCUUAAAUAGCA